CUCUGCUUGUGCCAGUCUCUCUAGCUUCGCAGAAAUCUCUCCGAACUGAAGGCCAAAUUCUGUUGGUUCAAGUCCCUCCAGGCUUGGCACGUAGCCAAGCGCUCAGUUCCUUUACAGAUUUACCUACAGCGCCCCAGAAAUGCAAGGUCCAGCCACUGUGCUAGGAAUUAGGGCGGCGGAAAGCGCGCACCCCAGGUGGUGCUGCAGCUGUAGCCACAAGCCUCCUCUCCCUGAAUUUCCUCCGCUGAGGACUCCGGGGAACGUGUCUUGCGGAAGGGAGGUGAGAGGCGUCCCUGGGUGCAGUGGCCGGAGCUUGGGAGGCUUCAGCGGGGUGGCCGUUUGCUCCCUCUCUGCUUCGCUGGGACGGAGAGACCAGCAGGACUUUGGAACCUUCCCGGAGGUGUUGCAGUAAGAGGGUGCAGGGUCAACGCUUGGCGCCUCCAGGCAUCCAGGCAGCGGGUGCCCGAGCGGCCCCCACAGCCUCGGGGGUGGGCCCUGAAUCGCCGGGUGCCGGGGCGUCACGGGCGCCCGCUCCUGAUUGGCCGCCGCCACGGUCACGGGCCGGGCGCUCGGAGAUUGGCAGAGCCAGAGGCCGGAGCCGGAGUAGCGGGACCCGGGCCGACCGAUCGCAGUCCCCGAACCGAGGGGCUGGCGUGGACACCAAAUCCAAAGCCCACGUUGGGAGUCUGGCCGGGAAGCGCGCACCAUGCCCUACGUGCUCAUCAGCACCCAGAUCCGCAUGGAGGUGGGUCCCACCAUGGUGGGCGACGAGUACUCCGACCCAGAGCUGAUGGAGCAUUUGGGGGCCUCAAAAAGAGGCGUCCUGGGAAACAACUUCUACGAGUACUACGUCAGUGACCCUCCUCGAAUAGUCCUGGACAAGCUGGAACGCAGGGGCUUCCGUGUGCUGAGCAUGACAGGGGUGGGCCAGACGCUGGUGUGGUGCCUGCACAAGGAGUGACCCUCCCUGUGAGGCGCGGACAGGGCACCCCUUCUCUGAGUGGUUGCCUAUGGGUCCCGAUCCCAAGCCCCGCCUCACUCACUCCCCUGCCCCUCUUCCCAAAUUGUCAUUUCCCUUGGACCAGCACCACUGGGCAGUGAAUGGCCUCUGAAACCUGCUUCCAGCUGCCCCUCCACCUUCCAGCUGGUGAGGGUUCCGGAGGAGUCCAUGUUCAUGGGCAGGCUGAGGGGCUGGCAAGAGCCAGGCUGCCUUUGUCAGGAGCACUGGCCCUGGGACUGGGGGGUGGGUCCUGUGCAGCUAGUCUAAGCCAAUAAAGGGCUGUGAUGAUUGGUUGAUUCUAA